AGAGAGGAAAUGAAGAUGCUUGCUCAGUAAGCAGUUUGGAUGGGCUUUAUUUAUGUGGAUACUCAGCACUGUUUUCCUUUUUAUCAGCCUUUUUAUCAAGAAGAAAACUGGUUAAGAGAGGAAGUGUUUUACCCUCUUCGGGACCUCAAGAGGAAAUCUCAGUCCAAGUCAAGACAGGAAUCAUUGCAUAUUCUCUCAGGGAAUUUGUCUGCUGUGUUAAACCGUCUAGCUUUUACAUAAAAAGUCUCUUUAUUAAUCAGGGGUCGCCACAGCGGAAUGAACCGCCAACUUUUCCAGCACAUGUUCUACGCAGCGGAUGCCCUUCCAGGUGUCACUAACAGCGUCUCAAACAUGGCAGUCUCAAACUUUGUCUCUGUUCUUGUCCUGCUUCUUGUUAAUUUGGUAACAAGUGAGAACAUUGAUUUCUACAAUCUCAGGCCAGCUAUAGAAGCCACUCCAUACCCUAAAAGUUUCAAGUGCUUCACAUGUGAACAGGCCUCAGACAACUACAGCUGUAACCGCUGGGCAGAAGAUGUGUGGUGUCCUCAGAAUACCCAGUACUGUAUGACUAUACAUCACUUCAACCAUCACGGGAAAACAAAGUUUGUUACCAAAAGAUGUGCUGUUCGUGAUGAAUGCAGAUUAGCAGGCUGUAGACAUCACAAAAAUACGCACCAUGAGUGUGUAUCUUGCUGCGAGGGAAUGGUUUGUAACGUAGAGCUGCCAACCAAUCACAGCAAUGCAGUGUUUGCUCAGAGACGAGCCCACAGUUCUGCAUCAGCCACUUUCAGGAGCUGGCAUUCAGUGAUCCUGCUGAUUCCCGCUCUGUCUGGACUCAUGCCACUCUGAUCCUGAAACUGCUCGCUGCUGAUAAACAGACAAAGGAGAUGUCAUCCACACUGGAAUAUUGUUACAGAUGGAUGAUUCUUCAAGGCCACAGCAAUAUCGUGCUGGAGAAUGCUAUCCAUCAGCAGGAUGCUGCAGGACCGAAUGUGGGGUCAGAAUGUUAUUUGAAAUCCACCGCCUUAAUUAUGGGCUCAACGAUGACUGAACAGUUACUAAUCAAAUGGAGUUGCAGGGAAAUCACAUCAAGGCAGUGGCUCCAUAUGGCGCCAUUAGAAGAAGGUCAUCUCUAGUGGAUCUGGAUCUGUAAUAUGAUGGCCAAAACAAUCGUGUUUACUGUUUAUAAAGUAGUGAACAGUGAGUUUGACAGUAUUUUGAGUGCGCCCAGGCUGAUUUAUCCUAUUUCAAAGUAUACUUUUUUAUGCUUAGGUUUCAUCAUCGAAAUCAGUGUCACAAAAAUAUCACUGUACAAGCAGAGACUGAUUCUACUUGCUGUGAGGCAGUCGUGAUAGCCACAAAAGGCUGAUUUAUACAUCUGUGUCGAGCGCACACACGUAUGCUCCUACGUGUGAUCGCAUAGCCCUCGCCGUGGCUGAAGCGCACCUCUCAAAAAUGUAACUACACGUCACUGCGAAGCAUAGAUUGGUCGGCUUGGUAGCGAUGACAAGUGUUGGCGGGACGAGAGCCAUGCGAACACAUUGGAGCGAGUGUUUACAAGUGUCGAGUCCCAUGAAGGAGCUCCAGGUGGAAAGUUUUGUUUUGUGUUUACCUUAGGAUUAAACUUGUUGCACAUCCACCAGUUCCUGCCUCAAAAUGAGCCACUUGUACUUUAAGGUAGCAUUUAGAAAAAACGAAACACCAGCAAA